GUUUGUUUUCACUUUUACCAGCAAACGCAUCUUACAAAAACCCCCAGCAUAACAGUAACUACCUUUUGCAAGCGUUUUGACAGCUCGUGCUCUCGCACAGCGCACACGCUCUCGUUCAGCACUCACCAAAUGGAAACGAAACAAAUGUCGUAUCGUGCAGCGCUGAAAUUUGUGCGGCAGUGAAAAAUUUCUUCAAAAUAUUUUUGCAAAACUUUAAAAUUUUCUAUGAAAACUUAAGCGGUUUCGCGUGAAAAGUGUUGAUAAUUACAGUUAAGUGCUGCUAGCAUGCUGUGGUGUUGAAAUUUUUUUUGAAAUUGCGAAUUUUCACUGCGUAUUCGUGUAAAAGUCGUGCGUGUGCCAGUUUCCUAAGCGCAUGUGCAUGUGUGUGUGCGUCCAGUGCCCAGUUGGUUUUUGGUGCAAACAAAACGCUAGCGCUCGAAAGCCUGCCAAAGCAAUUGUGUGUGUACUUACACUUUCGCGUGUUUAGUUAAAUUGCAUUUGAUUAAAUAAUGGAGAGAAAAUCAGCGCUAAAUCAGCAAUAAAAUAAUCGAUUACCCUAGUGAUUACGAAGUAAUUCAAAGUAAUUCAAAGCGGCCUGCGCUCGAGUGUCAUAUAUUCAACUAGAGUGAGCAACUAAAAAGGUGAACACGAAAAUACAUUUGCAAUUUCAAUCGACAUCAAAGUGUUACAUUGAGAGUGUAACAGAGCAGGUCAAGUGCCAACUGCUAACUGCUCAAAUUGUCCCUUAAGAACAAAAGUGCAAAGGGAGAACUUAAAAUAAAAGGAGACAAACAAGAAGCACGUAAAACGGAAUCGCCGCAGAAACAAAGAAAUUGAAAGUUGAAAACUUCAACGAAGCACUUUAGCGGCAAUUUACAGCAAAACCUAAUUGUUAUAUUUGUAGUUGUGUGAAAAAUUUGUCGGAUUUUUCGAUUUUUUAUUUUUUGUGAGUGUGAGCAAUCUAUAUUAAAAGCAGUGUAAAUUGUUCUAAAAAGGUGAAAAACAAGAUAAGAAAAGAGAGGGAAUGUGAGUGGCAAGUCGAAGGACAAACAAAGCAAAGUGACAAAGUGAAACUGCACAGUUGCAACGAAAAUAAUACAAACAAAUGAAAAAGUUGCAGAAAACUAAAUAAACUGCAAUGUAAAGAACUUAAACACUGGCAUACACAUAAACAUACAUAUUCACACUUACACCUGUGUCACAGUACCGCAAAGUAUACAAAACAACAAUAAAAGUGAAUAAAGUGACAGCAAAAUUGUUGUAAAAAAUAAGUAGUGUGUAUAGCGUUGAAACAUUUGUUGAACAUUGCCAUAUAAUAAUAACAACAACAACUACAACAACUAACGUAGCAGCCUUGCGGCAUACUGAGCAAUGGCAGCAAGUGCACCGCCAACAAAAGCAAUUGCAACAAAUGUUGCUGCUGCUGCAAUCGCACAAGUGGAGCAACAGCAUCGCUCGCAGGCAGAACCACAAAGACAUCAACGACACCAACCACAAUGGCUGCUGGUUGCCGCCAUCAUAUUGACACUGUUAACCGUGUCCAUUCAGGGCAUUACCGAGGAGCUGUCACCAGAUCAUGUACGCGAAUUCAACUGCGGCAAAUUAUAUUACCGAACUUUCCAUAUGGAUGAGGCGAAGGACACGCUCUACGUAGGUGCCAUGGAUCGCGUGUUUCGUUUGAACCUGAAAAAUAUUUCGUCAUCACAAUGCGAUCGCGAUGUUAUUAACUUGGAGCCCACACGCGACGACGUUGUUAGCUGCGUCUCCAAAGGCAAAAGCCAGAUUUUCGAUUGCAAGAAUCACAUUCGUGUCAUACAAUCAAUGGAAAACGGUGACAGGCUUUACGUUUGCGGCACAAAUGCACACAAUCCCAAGGAUUAUGUCAUCUAUUCCAAUCUCACCCAUUUGCCUCGCUCGGAAUAUGUGAUUGGCGUUGGUCAGGGUAUCGCAAAAUGUCCCUACGAUCCGCUAGAUAAUUCAACUGCCAUUUAUGUUGAAGAAGGCAAUCCUGGUGAUUUACCCGGUUUGUACUCAGGCACCAAUGCAGAAUUCACAAAAGCAGACACUGUGAUCUUUCGAACGGAUUUAUAUAAUACGACAGCAAAGCGAUUGGAAUACAAGUUUAAGCGCACACUUAAAUAUGAUUCCAAAUGGUUGGACAAACCAAACUUCGUCGGCUCCUUUGACAUUGGCGAGUAUGUGUAUUUCUUCUUCCGCGAAACUGCUGUCGAAUAUAUCAAUUGCGGUAAGGCCGUGUACUCACGUAUCGCACGCGUUUGCAAAAAGGACAUUGGUGGUAAAAAUCUGCUCGCACACAAUUGGGCCACCUAUUUGAAGGCGCGUUUGAAUUGCAGCAUCUCCGGCGAAUUUCCAUUCUAUUUCAAUGAAAUCCAAUCUGUAUAUCAGCUGCCAACGGAUAAGACACGUUUCUAUGCGACAUUCACGACCAGCACAAAUGGCUUAAUCGGCUCGGCGGUGUGCAGUUUUCACAUCAACGAGGUGCAAGCCGCUUUCAACGGCAAAUUCAAAGAACAAUCUUCAUCCAAUUCAGCUUGGCUGCCAGUUCUAAAUUCACGUGUACCCGAACCACGGCCCGGCACCUGUGUCAACGACACCUCAAAUCUCCCCGACACUGUAUUGUACUUUAUACGCUCGCAUCCGCUUAUGGAUAAAGCUGUGAAUCAUGAGCACAACAAUCCGGUCUAUUAUAAACGAGAUUUGGUAUUCACUAAACUUGUUGUUGACAAAAUUCGCAUUGACAUACUCAACCAAGAGUAUACCGUCUACUAUGUGGGCACCAAUUUGGGACGUAUCUAUAAAAUCGUACAGUACUAUCGUAACGGUGAAUCGCUGUCGAAAUUGCUUGACAUCUUCGAUGUGGCACCAAAAGAAGCGAUACAGAUGAUGGGUCUCAGUCAGGCACGUAAAUCGCUCUAUGUUGCCACAGAUCAUCGCAUCAAGCAAAUCGAUUUGGCGAUGUGCAAUCGACGUUAUGACAAUUGCUUCCGUUGUGUGCGUGAUCCCUAUUGCGGCUGGGACAAGGAGGCGAAUACCUGCCGCCCAUAUGAAUUGGAUUUGUUGCAGGAUGUUGCCAACGAAACCAGUGAUAUUUGCGACUCCAGCGUGUUGAAGAAGAAAAUCGUCGUCACCUAUGGGCAGAGCGUGCAUUUGGGUUGUUUCGUUAAAAUACCAGAAGUGCUGAAGAACGAGCAAGUUACCUGGUAUCAUCACUCAAAGGAUAAGGGACGCUACGAAAUCAAGUACAGUCCCACCAAGUAUAUUGAGACCACUGAGCGCGGUUUGGUUGUCGUAUCGGUGAAUGAAGCGGAUGGCGGUCGCUAUGAUUGCCAUUUGGGCGGCUCCUUAUUGUGCAGCUACAACAUCACCGUCGAUGCACACAGAUGCACUCCGCCGAACAAAAGCAACGAUUAUCAGAAAAUCUACUCGGACUGGUGUCACGAAUUUGAAAAAUACAAAACCGCUAUGAAAUCGUGGGAAAAGAAACAGGCGCAAUGUUCAUCCCGCCAGAACUUCAGCAAUCAGCAUCCCAAUGAAGUUUUUCGUAAAAACAAUGUCUGAUAUCAAGAAAAUCAACUACAACUAACGUCCAUAAAACUGCAUCUAUAAGAGGUAAAGAUUGAUCGGGAACAACUAAUGACAACCAAAUGAGGAGUUGGAGAACUGAGGGGUUUAAAUUGAGAGGUUGCGAGAUUAAGUGGCGGCUGGUUAUAUAGGUAUAGCGGGAGGAGCUUUCAUAUGUGUCUAAUCUUACGAAAGCUUGAUAACGGUGUGGAAGUUAAAAGUUGAGAACUAAAUAUGGAACUUAAGGGCGGCAUACAUGAAAGCUUUUAAGAAUUUAAGUUGACAAGAUCGAGAAACAUCGAUAUUACAUUAGAUACAUACUUGUAGCUCAGCAUUCAAGCGUUCAUGAAAAAUUUAAAAUUUAAUUAAUGACAUAAGCAACAGUUAUAAAAUAAAUUUUGACAAGCGUAAACAAAACUGAAUACACUCAAGCAAUCGCAUUAUAGCUAAAAAAAAUAACAUAAAAUAAUACGGUAAAAUUUACUGAAAAAAUAAUACUGUAAGAUAUUUAAAUUUAAUAAUAAAAAUUUAAAAUUAACAAAACAAAAACAUAUUACAAACGCAAAAACAACACAAGCAUAAAGCAAGCAAAGCUAAAAUCUACAAAACCAACGAAAGUUCCCGCAUUGAAACAUGGUUGAAAACACCCUUUAAAACGAAAAAUUAAAAAUAAUUAUUAAUAAUUAAAAAUAAAAAAUAGCACAGGAUUACAAGCAUAAAGGCGAUCCAUAAAUGCGCAAUGCAAAACAAAGAUGAAACAAUUACACAAAUAAAAAAAAUUAAAAUGCAAUUAAAAUACACUCAUGCAUGCAUAGACAAGCAAUACAACAACAAACAGCAAAUAAAACAGUUAAACAAAGAAAAAACUUGAAACACAUUACAACAACAACAAAAGCACAAACAUAUGUAUUAUUAGUAAAACAUAAUAAAUACAAAAGCAACGCGGCUUAAUUUUUUCGCAAUAAAUAGGCGUUAAAUACAUAGGCUACUAAAUAUUGACAGUAAAAACAAUAAUUAUACACAAAUUAAAUCAUGAAGAAAGCGGGGAAAAAAAGGCAAGCGCAAACACGUACAGCUGGCAACAAUUCCGAUUCAAUAAAAGGCAAUACAUUUUUUUGAAGAGACCGAAAACAAUUGGCGCCGAACUGAUAGCAUUAAGUUACCAUUUUUUACAAGCUCAUAAUUUUACAAUAGCAACAACAAAAACUACAAGCAAAUCCCGUAGUUGAUAAAAAGUUUAAAAGCAAGUUUUCAAGUACAUAUAGAGGUAUAAGCAAGAGCAUAGCGGUAUAAUAAUGUAAGUAGAACCAUGGUACUACAACAUUUUGGCAUUUGAGAGUAGAUUCAGCUUUUUUGAAAAUGUUUCUAAUAUAGUAUUGAACUUAUUCGCAACUUUCAGCAAUUUUCGUAUUUUAAAAAAUAGUUUUAUAUUCUAAAGUUACAUAUUUGUAAAUUUUUACUUACAUUUUUAUUCUCAAUUCGGACUACAACUGAGCUUUUUCUAUAAAAGCUCAAAAAUUUAGAAUAUUCAUAUUUCACCUGUGGAUUUUAAGAGCCUCAAAAUUUGGGAGCUUAUAGCUUAGGUUAGCACUCGGCAAGAACCCUGCUUGUUAUUUGAUAUACAUGUGUGUAUGAUACAAGUAGCAGAGUUUGUGACUUUAUGAUCUGUGAAAGCUUUUGCUCAAAAUUGUGAACUUAAAGCUCUGGUCAACACGAGACAAGAGCGCUACUUGUUAUUUACAUAUAUAUAUACUCAUAUAUCAAUGUAUAAAAAAGUUGAUGAAACUGAUGGUGUUUGCUCCAAAUUUUUGACAAUCAUCAAACAAUUUAACACAACAUUUUGAGCUCGCAUACAUUUUUUAAGAUUUGAGCUCAGGCAUGAAAAAAUAUAAUCUAUAAACUUGCCGUAGUAUUAACAUUUCCUUUAUGUUCAUCAAUAUAUGCUUACAUGUAUAGGAAUUGUGACAGAUAGCAUUUAACAUGUUUGCUUAGAAAAAACCCAAACUUUGAAAAAAAAUUAUUCUUGGCAGGUUGAUGCUUUCUAUGCUUUAAAAAAAAGGCCGAAAGCUCCGAAUAAACUAUUCUACGGUUGAGGUUUUCUAACGAAAAUUUGUUUUAUCAAAAUUUUUGAGAAAAUAAUCCAUAAAAGCUCUCUUUAGAGCUUAAAGCUUAACGAAUUAACUAUUCUAAGUACGUAGGGGAAAUUCAUAAUGCGGUUUCUAAAUAAAUUGUGGGCAAAAAUAAUCUCCCUAGAGCUUUAAGCUUAACACAGUUCUUGAUAAAAUCAAAUUGUUAUUUAAUAUGAAAACUAUAUUUUAUUCGAAUAUUAUUUACAACUACACAAACAUUCUCCUUGUCGAAAUAUGAUUCAAAUGUUUAUAUUGAAGAGCUCUUAGACUUUAUUUACUAAAUUAUUUGUUCAUUUUCUACUGCUGAACAUUGAACAGUAAAAUAUUUGUUGAUAUGGAAGAGCUUUUAGGUAUUCUUUACUAAACGCUUUGUACAACCACUUUGCUAUACGUAUACUGAACAUGGGAACACUAAAAACUCUGAAAAUAAAAAAUAUGUUCAAAGUUUAGUACAAAAAUAUCAAGCUUUCUAAACUCUAAAUUUCUAUAACGAAAUAUAUGUAUAACUCUUUUCACAAGAUUUCUAUUAAAUUCACUCAUACCCUCAUAAACGCGCCUCUUUAAAAGCUCUAUCGCUAACUCAAGUUCAUAACUAAAACUCACAUAUGUACUCUUCAGCCCGUUUGCAUUGCCUAUAAAUAAAUAUUUUCUUUUCAAUGAAUUAGUAUUAAACAAACUCGAAUAAAUAUAUGUGUAGACGAAAUUAUAAGAAAGAAAUUACGCAUAUUAAAAUGAAAAUCGACAAGCAAUGUGAUGUUAAGUUUGAAUGCAUUUAACUAUUAUUGAACGAAAAUCAACUAUAACUAUGAGCAAUUUCGCUUGAGACCUAAUAAGUAUUUGCUACAAAAACAAAAAAAAAAAACUAAUGGAAAUUCAACCAAUGCACCUUAAGUUACUCUAGCAUAUUUUUAAUCUCAAAA